AUGGGGAGGGGGAAGGUGCAGCUGCGGCGGAUCGAGAACGAGGUGAGCCGGCAGGUGACGUUCUCGAAGCGGCGGUCGGGGCUGCUGAAGAAGGCCCGCGAGAUCGCCGUCCUCUGCGACGUCGACGUCGCCCUCAUCGUCUUCUCCGGCAAGGGCAAGCUCUACGACUUCGCCUCCCCCCACACCAGCAUGGAGCGAAUCCUUGAGAAGUAUGCCAGGCAUGUGUUAUUUGAAGGAAAUAAUAUGGCUCAAGAGCGCCCUGAGGUGGAGGGAAGCAUGAGCUAUGACCACAUCAUGUUGAGGGCUAGGAUUGAAGCUCUAAAAAAGAGCCAAAGGAAUCUUUUGGGACAAGAACUUGACUCGCUGACACUGCGGGAGAUCCAACAGCUUGAGGACCAGAUAGACACUUCUCUGAGGAUCAUCAGAUCCAGAAAGAAUCAUCUCUUGCUCAAGUCGAUCGCCGAGCUCCAACACAAGGAAAAGAUGCUGAUGGAGAAGAACACUAUUCUGGAGAAGGAGAUUGCUGAACUGCAGACAUCCCUGCCUAGAAGCUCCAGGGCUUCAUCACCAACUGAAGUUCUUCUGGGGAAUACAGCACCAACUGAAGUUGUUGGUGUUCCUAUCAGCAAUGCUGCUGAUGCAUUUGUUCCCAACCUGAAUAUCUGCUGCGAUGAUUCCGAUGAGCCGGGAACUGUGGCGGUGCCACUUGGUUGGAGCAAGAGCAACAGUGGCUUGCCAUGGUGGAUGCUCCAGUCACCAUGAAACGGCUAGCCACAAAAUGUUCAGAUGAAAUGGCCCCAGCCAUGCAUGGUUGCUGAAUAAUGUCCCUGCUGGCUAAACAUCCUAGAGCUUUCAGUUAGGGAGUAGUAGUAGUAGUAGCUAGCUUCUUGAUCCCUAGAUUCUAAGCAUCCUUUUGUGUCCAAUGAACCUCUAGUGAUGGCAUGCACCAUCAUCUUUGCUGUUAGUUUGAUGAAAUUUCCUGUGCUGCAUUGAGAUUACUGAUCAGCCUCUUUGGUCAUGUCUUUCACUGGAAUCAAUGUGUCUUGUCUGUCUUUGUAAUCACUUUGGUUCUU